UUUUACUCCGGUUGUACUUUAUAGACACUCCCCUGUCCCCUUCUACUGUUCUACCUCCGCCUGUGCUACACAAACUUUCUCUUGAAAAAUAAGGAUGAGAUAGAAGCAGGGUGGUGGAUAUAUCUGUUCUUAAUGACUUGAAUGUGGUGCUGAGUUUUGUGGGGUUGAUUAUUCGUAGAUCCGGAGUAGUGAUGACCUGGAACGUGUUUCGGUUCUGCACGGCCCUUCGUGGGUUGGGCUCAGUCAUGAUUGUGUUGGUCCUUGGGGUUGUCGUCCUCACUUAUUACGCCGUUGUCAUCACUACUUAUGGGCCGUUACUCGCCGGCGGCAGUGGCGCUAUCGGUAUCCUCACCUCCGUUGUUGUGCUAGUCUUGUUUCACUUCCUGUUGGUGAUGUUACUCUGGAGUUACUUUUCUGUUGUCUUCACGGAUCCGGGUGGUGUGCCGCCAAAUUGGAAGCCAUCUUUUGAUGAAGAAAGAGGGGAUACUGAUCCUCUAACUGCUUCAGAAUGCAUCUCUUUGCCAGCUGGUGCAGCACAUUCAACAAUCCGAUUCUGUAAAAAGUGCAACCAGUUGAAGCCCCCUAGAUGCCAUCAUUGUUCUGUCUGUGGAAGGUGUGUGUUAAAAAUGGACCAUCAUUGUGUUUGGGUUGUGAAUUGUGUUGGAGCUUUGAACUACAAGUAUUUCCUCCUCUUCCUGUUUUACACCUUUCUUGAGACUACCCUUGUGACUUCUUCAUUACUGCCGAAUUUUAUAGCAUUCUUUGGUGAUGAAGAAAUACCUAUUUCUGCUGGAUCUCUUGCAACCACUUUUAUUGGAUUUGCUUUGAACCUUGCUUUUGCUUUGAGUGUUCUGGGGUUCUUUAUUAUGCACAUGUCAUUGGUGUUAAGGAAUACCACAACUAUUGAGGCAUUUGAAAAGAUCACCCCAAAAUGGCGAUAUGACCUUGGGAGGAAAAGAAAUUUUGAGCAGGAUUUAGCAUUUAAGAAUGAGAAUCAAUUUCAAGUUCACAUUUAUUGUUGAAAUAGAAACUGAAAUGAUAUUAAAAUGGAGAGAAGGAUUUUCUGUGUAUUUCAUUAGAGAGUUAAGGCCCUAUAUAUAUAUAUUACUGAUAACCGCUUUCGCGGCGUUGUAGUAAAACGGAGUCUAACCUUUCGGUUUUUUCUCGAGUAUCGUGUCUCUUGAGGAAUGGCGGAGGAGUUUUCUUAAUUUAGUCUUAGUCACGAGCUAUCGCUAAUUGUUGGAAGCUUUUUCAAUACAAAAAGGGUGAUUGUAUUCUAGACUAGGCCAAAUUGCACAAUUACACUAGGAGCAAAUUUCAACUAAAAGAUUUAGGAUUUAAAUAUUCUAAAAAAUUAUUGAGGCAAGUAAGGGCAAUGAAUUGAGUAAUUGGAAAUGGAUAUAUUCUUGGACCUAGUAAUUAGGGGAAUUAAAACAACAAUUGGGCUAAUAAUUUCUUUUCUCAUAGACAAAAAUAGAAAUUACUUUCAUUAAUUUAUCCUAUUUCUGGGUUCAUUAAUGUAUUCAAAAAUGGUUGGCUUGAAUUAAAUUCUAAUCUCAUAGACAAGGCAGAAAUAAUUCUCCAAAAUUUUAAUUAAUAAAAAUAGCCAAAUUCAUUAACUAAUUAAAUUCAUUAUUUAAGCAAUUUGAAUUUAAUUCUCAUAGACAAGAUGUAAAUCCAUUUCAUUAAAAUUAUCCUAUUUCUAGGCCUUAUUAAUGUGCUUGAAUAAAGAUGGCUCAAAUUACUUUCUAAUCUCAUAGACAAGUUAGAAAUAAUUUUCCAAAAUUUAACUAAUGAAAUUGGCUAAAAAUUAUUAAUUACUAAUUCAUCAAAUUGAAUAACUAGCUCAAUUAAUUAAUUUUAACCCCUAAUUUUCGGCUAACAAGUCAAUCCAUAUUCCUUUACUCAAUUCAUGCCCAAAACAAAUUUAGCUACUAAACAUUAUUUUUGCAUUCAACAAUAUGGUAAAUAAAUUAAACAUUAACAAGGAAUUAAACAUGUAUAAUAGCAAAAAUUAAACAAAAAUAAGAUAUUGUCAAAAUAAACUCUCUGGAACUACAAUAUGACUUUUCGGAAUUUUCCACGAAUUUUUAAACCAAAAAUCCAAUUUUAACCCUAAUUGAUAAUUUUCCCACUUUUAACUAUAAAAUACAAAAGGCAAUUAAAAAUAGGCUAAAUUCGUUCUAAAUUUUCUAUUGACUACUGGGAGCGAUACUACAGUGAAAUAACUGGAAUUAGGGCCGAAACUAAUUUUUUACUCUUUUUAAGUAAUUAAUUUAAUUUAUGCAAUAACAACACCUAAUUACCGAAAUUAAUUAACAAUUACUUGCACUUCGUGAAAAUUAACUUUUUUCAGAUAAAUAACAACCUUGAGGCUAGUGAACAACUAUAUAAUUAAUUGGAAUGAAUUCAACAUCAACAACUAUUUUAUUUAAUUUAUGGAAGAAAAUACGAAAUACUAAAUAAAUUUUCUGGAAAAAUUCGAAGAACAGAUCGAGAAAACAAAGUACAGAUUCAGAUUCUACUCGUUGAGAAGAUGAAAAUACAUAUAAAGAACUUACAAUUUGAAGCUAAAAUGAAGAAGAUAUGAAGAAUUGAAGUUUCUCUCUCCCAAAAAUCCUUAGAGCUGCGGAAAUAGCCGAGGAAGAGGACCUUUUUGAACUGAAUUAGGGUUGGAAGAGGUGUGUUUGAGUUCAGAAAAAAUCGGGGUAUUUAUAGCAAAAAAAUCUGGUAGGCGGCCAAACAGGCGGCCGCCUCUGGUCCUGGACCGGCCGCCUUCCGUCACGUCACCGGCAGGACGUGACGCCGGUCAACUCGUCCGCCGCAGGCGGUCCGGCAGGCGGCCGCCUGCCGUUCCUGUCUGGCCGCCUGCCGUCAAAUCCCACCGGCCGGUGGUUGGUUCGUCGCCUUGUGCCGCAGGCGGCCAUCGAAGGCGGCCGCCUUCCGUCCAGUGUCGGCCGCCUUCCGUUUUUCUCCGGUCCGGUCAAUUUUGAUCAAAAUUGAUUUUUUUCAAAAGUUGGUAGGCGGCCUGGUAGGCGGCCAAUCUGGGCGCCUAUUUGGGCGCCUGUGAGGUUUUUUAUCCGUCUUGUUCCGAAUUUUGUGCUCUUUAACUUUCCCUUCUGGACCACUUUGAAAUUCUGCUUCCUUUUUUCGGUAUGAUAUCAUUUGUUACUCGAAUUGACGCAUUUUGUGCUAAAUUGACCCGAAAUUUCAUCAAACAUAUAAUGGAUGUGAUUUUUACCUGAUUUCACGAAACUUGAACCAAAAUAUAUAAAACAUGCCUUGUUUUUCUGUUUUUCAGUCCAAAAUCACUUAAAUUCGAUAAGAAAAAUAAGUACAAAAAUGGACUUAUCAAUCUCCUCACACUUAAGCGUUGCUUGUCCUCAAGCGACAAAUUAGUUGCAAACACACUCAAAAAUGGUAAAACCUGACUGAAUCAUAAUCGAAUUGCUAUUAAAGAAAUAGAAACAAAAAUCCCCCUUUUUAUUGUCAAUUUUUAAACAUUUUAGAAAAAUCACCCAAAAUACAAGAAUUUAAAAUUAUUAUUAAAAAAAAAACUAUUGAUUAUGUUAAACCACCAAUCAAUUCUUUAUCCCAAGGUUUUCAUUAUUCUAAUUUGGACAUUUAUCUUAUUCACAAAUUAUUAUUAUAUUUUUUUUUUGUCUCUUUUCGACUCUUGUUGGCGGUGUUAUCCCAUGGUAGAUGCAUAUUUUAUUCUUACAGACUAUGAUUAACGAAUGAAACAGAACCCCUUUUCGGAGAUGGAAUUGUCCUAUAACAAUGAGUUUUGAAGAGAUUUAUUAAAAAGUAUUUUUUUUUUUUGAAUAAAAUGAAUGUCCAAUUAAAACAAAAUCGACCCCUUACAUUCGCAACCAAAAAUCCAUAACAAUUUCAAGUUUUCUAAAAAUAAUAAUAAAAGUAAAUUCUUAUAAUAAGGGUGAUCCUCUAAGCUAUUAUGUGAUUGAUAACAAUUGAGAGGUGAAUGUUUCAUAUCAAAAAUAGUAAAAAGAUUGAUCUAAAACAGGGUUUUAACAUUUUGAGUGUAAAACGCAACCUCCUCACACUUGAGCUGGACCUCGCCCUCGAGGUCUGCACAAAGUUUAGAAAUAAAGGCACAUUUUUUUUUUUGGUUCUUUCCUCACACUUGAGUUUUGAAAAGAUUUUGUGAAGAGGAAUAAUGAAAAUAGGAAUAAAAAAAUUCUUACAGCAUCCAUAGCUAGUUUGUGAGAGCAUUCAAGUCAAAAGAGCAGCGCAAUGUCCAAUCCUGAAUAAACAAACAAACAAAAAAUAAAUGUCAAGGAAGAAGCAAAUCUAGGCAUCGCCUGUGUCAUUCCGUGAUCCAUGACUAGGCCGCAGCCACUCUCGUAUCUCCUCAAUAUCUAGUCGCUGGGUCUCUAGCUGCUCCAGAAUAUCCCUGUUGGCUCCCUCCUGUGCCAGUCUAUAAUCUCUGAACUCUCCCAGGGCCGACGCAUGUGCCUCUCGCAUCUCCCGAAAUGCUCUCUCCUGUGCACCCUGAAAAUCUACGAAUGAGGUCUGAAGACCCCUCAUCGCGUCCAUCAUCGCACUCCAAUCUGAGGCACUAGGCAUGUCCGAGGCUGGCUCACCAGGUCUCCUAUGUGGUGGGGCUCGAGAAGAGCUACUCUGCUGUGUCGACUGCUCAAUGCCCGGCAGCUCCUGAAUAUUUCGCUUCUUCUUGAUCCUCAUGUUCCCAAAGGAUGAGGAUCUAAGAAUGCGAGUGCUAUCCUGUAGUGGGAGUAGAUCUGGAAUGUCUAGGUCAGGAUAGAAAGACCGGACGAGAGUAGUGACGAAGGGCCCUGCCUGGAUCGUGCGGCGAACACUCUUCCCCUGACUCCGGAAGAAACGAGCCAAGAGGACUGCCAUAUUCACCGGGGUGCGGUGAACCAGACUCCAAAAGAAUAGGAUGUCCUUUUUGGACAACCUGUUCGUGUUGUUAGGUCGUCCAAAAAACCCACAAGAGAGUACAAAGGAGAGUAUAUACCAGUGAGUCUGCCUCCACCGGCUCGACUGGGGGUGCAUGCGGAGGAACGGUCUGGUGUCUGUGGAGUGCCUGUGCCAGAACUCAUCAAUAUCAAAUGCCUCAGGUAAAUGCGUCGGGAGAGCACAGAACUCGUCUGUCUGUGUAUAUGCAGGAGCAUAGAGCCCAAUCCUCCAUCCGAGCUCAGCCACAGCGAUGGAGUGCUCGAUGCCCAUGAUAGUGAAUCUCAUCUGAGUCGCCGGCCUAAUGACAGAUCCUGUGUGCACAGUGUGGCCGUAGUGAGUGAAGCGUAGAGAGCAUAGGAACUCCAUCGUCAAUGGGAAGCUGGCUCUCUCCUGUAUGGAUAGAAUCCCACGCCACAAGGAAUCUCCUAGUAGAGCAUCAAUGUCGGCCCAGUAUCCCCAUUCCUCGAGCAUCCUCUGAUCCAGGAUCAUGGGAGCUAGAAGGGUGCGGUACUGCCCCCACGUCUGGAAGCGUGUGCGGUCAGCAUCAGUAGCGAAUGGGAUAUCUGGUACGUGCACUGGGUCAUGCCUAGCCAGUGGUGGCUCCUGAAAGAUGGGAUCGUCGCUUCCUCCUCCAGACAUCUGCAAAAAAAAAAACAAAAUAACAUUUUUUUUGUUUUAAGGUUAGUUUUUUUUUUUUUUUUUUUUUUUUUGGGAUGCCUCCCAAUGAGCGCUUCUUUAACGUCACUAGCUUGACGAAUUUCCUCCUUUGGUUCAAAAUUUCAAGAGAUAGAGAAUCUCCUUGCUUUUUUCGACCGGGCCACCGUGGUAAAGUUUGAGUUGGUGGCCAUUGACCUUAAAGGGACCCCCGCUUGCAUUUUCGAUCUCGAUGGUGCCAUAGGGGUAAGUUUUCACGACCGUGAACGGUCCGGACCAUCUUGAUUUCAGUUUUCCCGGAAAAAGUUUUAACCGGGAGUUGAACAGUAACACCUUGUCCCCAACAUUGAAACCACGGGCCUUGAUGUGUUGAUCAUGAUAGAGUUUGGCCCGUUCUUUGUAGAGUUUGGAAUUAUGAAAAGCUUGCGCUCUCCACUCUUCCAGUUCAUUUAGCUGGUAAAAUCGUUCUUUUCCUGCAGCGUCAAGUUUGAAACACACAUUUUUCAUCGCCCAAAGUGCUUUAUGUUCGAGUUCAACGGGUAGGUGGCAAGACUUCCCGUAUACUAGGCGAAAUGGAGUGGUUCCAAUCGGGGUUUUGUAUGCGGUUCGAAAUGCCCAAAGUGCGUCGUCAAGUUUAGUUGACCAGUCUUUCCUGGUCUGGGCAACAGUUUUCUCUAAAAUGGACUUCAAAUCCCUGUUAGUGUUCUCAACCUGCCCCUGAGUCUGGGGGUGGUACGCUACUCCGCUUCGGUGCUGGACUCCAUAUUUGGCCAAAAGUCGGGCCAUAGGGUCAUUAUGAAAAUGAGUCCCUCUAUCACUGAUCAAAACCCUAGGCACACCAAACCUCGUAAACAACUUUUUCAGAAAAUUCACGACUAUUCGAGAGUCGUUGGUGACGCAGGCCUGAGCUUCAACCCACUUAGAAACAUAAUCAAUGGCCACAAGAAUGUAUUUGUUCCCUCUUGAGCUGGGAAAAGGUCCAACAAAGUCGAUGCCCCAAACAUCAAAUACCUCACAAGGUAAUAUAUAGUGUUGGGGCAUCUCAUUGCGCCCAGAAAUGUUCCCGAUUCGCUGACAAUUAUCACACGAGGAAACAAAUACAUUAGCAUCUUUAAAAAUCGUGGGCCAGAAGUACCCACAGUCCAGAACCCGUCUGGCAGUUCUAUUCCCUGAAAAGUGGCCCCCAGUAGGACCGCUGUGACAAUGUUUCAGUAUGUCUCUUCCCUCAGCUUCAGUAACACAUCUUCUCACCACCUGGUCAGCACAAAUUCGGAAUAGAUAUGGAUCAUCCCAAAAAUAGUGCCUUGCUUCUGACAGGAACCGCCUCUUCAUGUGCCUUGUUAGGUCGGUAGGCUCGACGUUACCAACAAGGUAGUUGGCAAUGUCGGCAUACCAUGGUGUUUGUUCCUUGGCGGAUAUUGCCAUUAACCUCUCCGCAGGAAAAAGUUCCUCCACCUCGCAUCUUCCAAAGGUUUCUGCUAAUUCGACAUCUAACCUUGAAAGGUGAUCAGCUGCCUGAUUAGCAGACCCUUUUCGGUCCCUGAUUUCAAUAUCAAAUUCCUGCAACAAAAGAACCCAGCGUAACAGUCUAGGCUUAGCAUCAUGCUUUUGGAGGAGAUAUCUAAUGGCCGAAUGAUCGGUAUAGAUAAUAACCUUCGAAAGAAUGAUGUAAGUCCUAAACUUCUCUAAAGCACAAACAAUAGCAAGGAAUUCUUUUUCAGUCGUGGUGUAGUUCAGUUGUGGUCCGGAUAGAGUUUUGCUAGCGUAGUAGAUCGGGUGGAAGUUCUUGUCCUUCCUUUGGCCGAGAAUGGCUCCCACUACUAAGUCACUAGCGUCACACAUGAGUUCGAAAGGUAAACUCCAAUCCGGGGCCACAAGUACUGGAGCAUUGAUAAGUUGUGUUUUAAGUGUUUGGAAAGCUUGGUGACAUUCAUCAGAGAAUAUAAAAACCGCAUCUUUUUCAAGUAACCGGGUGAGAGGUUUUGCGAUUUUAGAGAAAUCCUUUAUAAAACGACGAUAAAAGCCCGCGUGUCCCAAGAAACUGCGGAUGGCUUUUACCGUGGUUGGUGGAGGGAGUUUCUCUAUCGUUUCAAUUUUCGCACGGUCAACCUCGACCCCGUUACUUGACACUUUGUGUCCAAGUACUAUACCCUCUUUCACAAGGAAGUGACAUUUCUCCCAACUUAAGGCUAAGUGGGUUUCCUUGCAGCGGAUAAGUACCUUUUCCAGGUUUUCCAGACAUUUUUCAAAGGAUUCCCCAAAAAUAGAGAAAUCAUCCAUGAAUACCUCCAUGAAGUGGCCAAUGUAUUUUUCAAAUAUGGCAAUCAUGCACCUCAUGAAAGUGGCAGGAGCAUUACAGAGACCAAAAGACAUCCUACGAAAAGCAAAGGUCCCAAAAGGGCAUGUGAACGUAGUUUUGUCUUGGUCUUCCGGGUUGACAUGAAUUUGGAAGUAUCCACUCAUGCCAUCCAGGAAACAAUAAUGACUAUGGCCUGCCAACCUCUCUAUUAAUUGAUCGAUGAAGGGGAGGGGAAAAUGGUCCUUCCGGGUGGCUUCAUUCAAUUUGCGGUAAUCAAUUACCAUUCGCCACCCGGUAACAGUUCGACUGGGCAGAAGUUCACCCUUUUCAUUUUUCGUGACAGUCAUUCCCCCCUUUUUGGGGACAACAUGAAUCGGGCUUACCCAUUGGCUAUCAGAGAUGGGGUAAAUGAUACCCGCAUCCAGCAGUUUGACGAUUUCAGCACGCACUACUUCCAUCAUGUUUGGGUUCAAACGUCGUUGUGGUUGGACGACAGGUUUAAACCCUUCCUCUAUCUUGAUGGUGUGGGUACAAAAGGUUGGACUUAUUCCAUUGAUGUCCUCAAGUUUCCAAGCAAUUGCUUGCUUGUGUGUCUUAAGGACUCCAAGUAAUUUGCCCCUUUGUUCCUCACUUAAGUGUGCGGCGAUGACGACAGGGCAUUUGCCUUCGUCAUCCAAGAAUGCGUAUUCUAAAUGGUCAGGGAGUUUCUUUAGUUCAAGGGGGUGGUCAUUUCUUAAGUUUUGUUCAUUUUUCUCCCCCCCGAACUCAGACAUUACUUCGUGAGAAGCUUGCUCAAUUAUUACGUCCUCACAACUCUCGCAUGCAUCACUCCUGUCACUGUUUGCUUCUUUUAACAGACAUGCUUUAUCACUUACAUGUCCAUUCUCUCCCCCAAAUAGAUAUCCUUCAAUUGAUUCGAAAGUAUCAAGAAAAUGACAUCCUUGCAAGGAAUCUAUGGGGUGUUUCAUAACAUCGGAGAGUCGGAAGGUGCAUAAAUCAUCUCCAACUCUUAGAGUUAAUGAGCCAUCAGUGACAUCAAUCAAGGCCCUGGCGGUAGCCAGAAAGGGCCUUCCCAGAAUAAGAGGUGUCUCCCUAUCCUCUUCCAUGUCCAUUACUACAAAGUCGACUGGGAAAAUGAAUUUGUCAACCUUGACCAAGACGUCUUCAAUAAUUCCUUUCGGAUAUUUGACUGAGCGAUCAGCCAGUUGAAGACACAUCCUGGUGGGUUUCAUUUCCCCAAGUCCUAGCUUCUCGACUAUAGAGGAGGGCAUCAGGUUGAUACUCGCCCCUAAGUCAGCUAGAGCAUUAUUGAAAUUGAAAUUGUCAAUUGAACAAGGGAUAGUGAAGCUACCUGGAUCCUUUAGCUUUUCAGGUAUUGACCUUUGAACCACCGCUGAGCAUUCUGCAUUUAGGUCCACGACUGAGAGCUCCUGCAGCUGUCUCUUGUUUGUCAGCAAGUCCUUGAAGAACUUGGCAUAUUUUGGCAUCUCCGCCAAUGCAUCCAUCAGCGGCAGGUUGACGUGGAGUUGUUUGAGUAGGUCUAGGAAUUUGUUGUACUUCCUACUAUCGUCAUCAUUUCUAACCCGUGAAGGAAACGGGAGAGAAGGUUUGACAAUGGUGACCUUUGUGUUAGGGCAUGUUGGUUCCAUGCUCUUCUCAGUUGGAGCAUCAAUAUGUUUUUCAGGUGUCAUGCUAGGGUUCUCCUCCUCAUUGUUCUUCUGCUUGUCCUCGGUUGUUUGUCUCCCACUUCGGAGAGUGAUAGCUUGCACAUGUUCACGGGGAUUAGGUUCUGUAGUGCUAGGCAAAUUGCCAGGCUGACGACCGGGAACAUUAUUCUGAGUAAUUUGCAUCAUCAGAGUUUUGAUCUGAUUGUCAGUGUUAGCUUUGUAUUUUGCCAUUUCCUCCCGUUGCCUUGCUAGUUCAACUACCAACAAGCCUAUCUCCGAGGUUUGGGCCGCCUCUGUUUGUCGUAUAUGUGGGGGCACGUAAACCUGAUUGUUCUGGGUUGAUUGGUUUACUGCCCCUCCUUGGCUUCGCCCGUGGAAGUUGUGCCCUUGAUUGUUGUUGAUGGGGUAGCUCUGGUUACCUUGGUAACCUCCACGAGGAGGACCAUUGUUGUAAUCCCCCCGCCAUUGGUUGCCCUGGUAAUUUCUCCCCUGGUAAUUCUGGGGAGGGUAAUUUGUGUUACCCCCCCUAUUACCUUGAUUUGCCCAUGGCCCUUCUUGUUUCGUUCGGCCAUAUUCCAGCAUGUUUACCUCCCUGUUGUUACUUACAUUACAAUCAUCAACUAAUUGACAUGAAUUGGUCAAAUGCGGACCAAAACAUAUCUCACAGGAGAGUACAAGUUCAGUAGAAUUAGAAACAGGCGAAUAAACAUUAAAUUGUGAUGAGUGUGGGGCAGAGUUUGAGUUCCCAAAGUAACGGUAUGGUUGCUGAUUCGGGGCAGCACCUAUGUGGUUGACCUGGUUGGUGUGAUUGUUUUCGCCCUUCAGAUUUUUCACUUCCACCACCAACCCUUCAAUCUUUGCGGUUAAGGCCGUGAGUUGGUCAACUUCGAGAUAGCCUGGUUUUGUGGCUACUGGAGUUCUUUCAUCGUACCAGUAUCUUGCGUUGGAAGUAACCUUCUCCACCAGAGCUUCAUUGGCGUCGGGCGCCAUAUCAAGGAACGAUCCCACCUGCGAAGAGAAAUCAAGCUCUUUUUUGCUUCCAACUUGAAGCCCAUUAUAGAAAUGGAACAUCAAGCUGCUAGGGUCCAUCAGUGUGAGUGGACACUUGUUUCUCAUAUCCUUGAAGCGAUCCCAUGCUUCAUUUAAUGAUUCCGUCGGGAAUUGCCUAAAAUUUUGGAUUGCUGUUUUAAUUUUAGCAACCGCCGACGGAGGAAAGUACUCUUGCAUGAACGCCUGGUAUAGUGCUGCCCAUGUCGUGAAAUGUCCUGUUGGAAAGCUGUCCAACCAUAGAGAUGCCCUAUCUCGAAGUGAGAAAGGAAAUAGGGUCAGCUUUACAGCGUCAGGAGUCACUCCGUUGAAGCGGAAUGUUUGGCACGCUCUGGUGAACCACAGCAUGUGGGCCCUGGGAUCGUCUUGUUUGGACCCGCCAAAUUGAUGAUUAGACAUCAUGUUGAUAAUGGCGGGUUUUAUCUCGAAGUUGGCCGCCUCUAUUGUUGGUGCGCUUAUGCUAUCAUCCUCGAUGAAGCUUGGCGUGAGGUUUUGCAGCACCGUCUUUUGGUCCGUCAUGAUUGGUUUCUUGUGGAUCAAAAGAUUUUUCCACAAAGUUCGUUCAGGUUCAGGAUUAAGUUCAAGUAGCCCUUCCACUCCUUUAGAGCGGGUGUGCAUUCAUUUAUCCUGAAAUCUUUAUACAAAUGUCGCAAGUGCGAAAAAGUCUCCCUAACUAUAAUUCACCUAUGCUAGAACUAGAUUAAGAAAUUACCGUGCCAUUCCCCGGCAACGGCGCCAUUUGAUAACCGCUUUCGCGGCGUUGUAGUAAAACGGAGUCUAACCUUUCGGUUUUUUCCCGAGUAUCGUGUCUCUUGAGGAAUGGCGGAGGAGUUUUCUUAAUUUAGUCUUAGUCACGGGCUAUCGCUAAUUGUUGGAAGCUUUUUCAAUACAAAAAGGGUGAUUGUAUUCUAGACUAGGCCAAAUUGCACAAUUACACUAGGAGCAAAUUUCAACUAAAAGAUUUAGGAUUUAAAUAUUCUAAAAAAUUAUUGAGGCAAGUAAGGGCAAUGAAUUGAGUAAUUGGAAAUGGAUAUAUUCUUGGACCUAGUAAUUAGGGGAAUUAAAACAACAAUUGGGCUAAUAAUUUCUUUUCUCAUAGACAAAAAUAGAAAUUACUUUCAUUAAUUUAUCCUAUUUCUGGGUUCAUUAAUGUAUUCAAAAAUGGUUGGCUUGAAUUAAAUUCUAAUCUCAUAGACAAGGCAGAAAUAAUUCUCCAAAAUUUUAAUUAAUAAAAAUAGCCAAAUUCAUUAACUAAUUAAAUUCAUUAUUUAAGCAAUUUGAAUUUAAUUCUCAUAGACAAGAUGUAAAUCCAUUUCAUUAAAAUUAUCCUAUUUCUAGGCCUUAUUAAUGUGCUUGAAUAAAGAUGGCUCAAAUUACUUUCUAAUCUCAUAGACAAGUUAGAAAUAAUUUUCCAAAAUUUAACUAAUGAAAUUGGCUAAAAAUUAUUAAUUACUAAUUCAUCAAAUUGAAUAACUAGCUCAAUUAAUUAAUUUUAACCCCUAAUUUUCGGCUAACAAGUCAAUCCAUAUUCCUUUACUCAAUUCAUGCCCAAAACAAAUUUAGCUACUAAACAUUAUUUUUGCAUUCAACAAUAUGGUAAAUAAAUUAAACAUUAACAAGGAAUUAAACAUGUAUAAUAGCAAAAAUUAAACAAAAAUAAGAUAUUGUCAAAAUAAACUCUCUAGAACUACAAUAUGACUUUUCGGAAUUUUCCACGAAUUUUUAAACCAAAAAUCCAAUUUUAACCCUAAUUGAUAAUUUUCCCACUUUUAACUAUAAAAUACAAAAGGCAAUUAAAAAUAGGCUAAAUUCGUUCUAAAUUUUCUAUUGACUACUGGGAGCGAUACUACAGUGAAAUAACUGGAAUUAGGGCCGAAACUAAUUUUUUACUCUUUUUAAGUAAUUAAUUUAAUUUAUGCAAUAACAACACCUAAUUACCGAAAUUAAUUAACAAUUACUUGCACUUCGUGAAAAUUAACUUUUUUCAGAUAAAUAACAACCUUGAGGCUAGUGAACAACUAUAUAAUUAAUUGGAAUGAAUUCAACAUCAACAACUAUUUUAUUUAAUUUAUGGAAGAAAAUACGAAAUACUAAAUAAAUUUUCUGGAAAAAUUCGAAGAACAGAUCGAGAAAACAAAGUACAGAUUCAGAUUCUACUCGUUGAGAAGAUGAAAAUACAUAUAAAGAACUUACAAUUUGAAGCUAAAAUGAAGAAGAUAUGAAGAAUUGAAGUUUCUCUCUCCCAAAAAUCCUUAGAGCUGCGGAAAUAGCCGAGGAAGAGGACCUUUUUGAACUGAAUUAGGGUUGGAAGAGGUGUGUUUGAGUUCAGAAAAAAUCGGGGUAUUUAUAGCAAAAAAAAUCUGGUAGGCGGCCAAACAGGCGGCCGCCUCUGGUCCUGGACCGGCCGCCUUCCGUCACGUCACCGGCAGGACGUGACGCCGGUCAACUCGUCCGCCUUCCGUUCCUGUCUGGCCGCCUGCCGUCAAAUCCCACCGGCCGGUGGUUGGUUCGUCGCCUUGUGCCGCAGGCGGCCAUCGAAGGCGGCCGCCUUCCGUCCAGUGUCGGCCGCCUUCCGUUUUUCUCCGGUCCGGUCAAUUUUGAUCAAAAUUGAUUUUUUUCAAAAGUUGGUAGGCGGCCUGGUAGGCGGCCAAUCUGGGCGCCUAUUUGGGCGCCUGUGAGGUUUUUUGUCCGUCUUGUUCUGAAUUUUGUGCUCUUUAACUUUCCCUUCUGGACCACUUUGAAAUUCUGCUUCCUUUUUUCGGUAUGAUAUCAUUUGUUGCUCGAAUUGACGCAUUUUGUGCUAAAUUGACCCGAAAUUUCAUCAAACAUAUAAUGGAUGUGAUUUUUACCUGAUUUCACGAAACUUGAACCAAAAUAUAUAAAACAUGCCUUGUUUUUCUGUUUUUCAGUCCAAAAUCACUUAAAUUCGAUAAGAAAAAUAAGUACAAAAAUGGACUUAUCAAUUACAAAGAUGGAAUAUUCCUAUCUAAGAUGCUAUACAAUAAUAAUGUCUAGAGUAUAUUCCUAAAGCAUAUUCCUAGAUACAAUAAUACUUUCACACUCCCCCUCAAGUUGGAGCAUAGAUAUUUAUCAUGCCCAACUUGUUACAUAAGUAAUCAACUCGAAUCCCAUUUAGAGCUUUAGUGAAUAAAUCUCCAAGUUGUUCUCCAGUCUUCACAUACCCGGUAGAGAUUAAUCCUUUUUGUAUCUUCUCUAGAAUAAAAUGGCAAUCAACCUCAAUAUGCUUUGUUCUCUCGUGAAAUACGGGGUUGUUUGCUAUGUGUAUAGCAGCUUGGUUAUCGCACCACAACUGAGCAGGCAUUGGUGUCUUCAAUCCAAUUUCAUUCAAUAAAUGGUGUAUCCAUAUUAUCUCACAUGCGGAUUGUGCCAUAGCUCGAUAUUCUGAUUCAGCACUAGAACGAGAAACCACAUUCUGUUUCUUACUCUUCCAGGAUACAAGAUUACCACCAACAAAGACACAAUAGCCAGAUGUAGAUCUUCGAUCAUCUUUAGAACCGGCCCAAUCAGCAUCUGCAAAGCAUUCUAUUCUCAUGUGAUCAUGGUUUUGAUAAACAAUACCUCGUCCUGGUGCUCCCUUUAAGUAACAUAAUAUGUGUUCUACAGCAGCCCAAUGAUCAAUGGUCGGAGAUGACAUGUAUUGACUCACUACACUCACAGAAUAAGCAAUAUCUGGACGGGUGACUGCGAGAUAAUUAAGCUUUCCAACCAGUCUUCUAUAUCUUUCUGGGUCUUCAAACGGUGUGCCUUCUUGAGUGAGUUGCACGUUGGGAACCAUGGGUGUUGUACUUGGUUUUGCCCCUAAUCUCCCUGUCUCAGCUAGUAAGUCAAGUACAUAUUUACGUUGAGAUAGAAAUAUGCCUUUCUUACUUCGUGUUACCUCAAUUCCCAGAAAGUAUUUCAAAGAGCCAAGAUCUUUCGUCUGGAAUUGACUAUGCAGAAAAUUCUUAAGGGCCAAAAUACCUGCAUUAUCACUCCCUGUAAUCACAAUAUCAUCAACAUAUACCACAAGCAAUGUGACACCUGAUUCUGUUUGUUUGUAAAAGACAGAGUGGUCUGAUUUGCCUUUUAUCAUUCCAAAUUGUUCAAUUGAUUGACUGAAUUUCCCAAACCAUGCACGAGGACUCUGUUUCAGACCAUAAAGAGAUUUGCGAAGUCGACAAACUUUACCAUACUCCCCCUGAGCAACAAAUCCCGGAGGUUGCUCGAUAUAGACUUCUUCCUUAAGGUCACCAUGCAAAAAUGCAUUUUUAAUGUCCAACUGAUGUAAGUGCCAAUCAUGAAUUGCAGCGAGUGAGAUAAGUAACCUGACAGAUGUUAAUUUAGCAACAGGAGAAAAAGUGUCAGAAUAAUCAACACCAUAGGUUUGAGCAUAACCCUUUGCAACUAAUCGGGCUUUCAACCGAGCAACAGAUCCGUCUGGGUUAACCUUAACAGCAAAGACCCACUUACAUCCAAUAGAUUUCUUCCCUGUAGGUAAGUCAACCAAAUCCCAUGUAUCAUUAAGAUCUAAAGCUUUCAUUUCCUCUACCAUGGCUUGACGCCAUUCAGGAUGAGACAAAGCUUCUUUGACAGAUUUGGGAAUAGAAAUAGAAUCAAUGGAAGCAAUAAAAGAACAUGAAACAGGAGAUAACUGAUUGUACGACAAAAAUGAAGAAAUAGGAUGAGUACAAGACCGUGUACCUUUACGUACUGCUAUUGGGAGAUCAAGAUCUGAUGUGGAAUCAAGAUCUGAAGAUGCAGAUACUGGUUCAGGACAUGAGAUCGGAGUCGAACUAGUAUCAGGAAAAGUAAUCACAGGUAUCACCGGUGGAGGGUGAUCAGGUGCUUUGUGUCGACGGGUGUAUACCAAAUGUACGGGAGGCCUAGGGUCAUGAACAGUAACUCGUGGAAUAUUUGUCGAAAGUGUGGACUCGGGAAUAGUCAUCGUGUAAAUGAGAAUAUCAUCAUUACUCUCACGAAUAUCUGCCUUGGAUGAUGAAAAAGGUGUAUUUUCAUGAAAUGAUGCAUCAAUAGAAACAAGAUACCGACCAGUACUCGGACAAAAACAUCUAUACCCCUUUUGGACUCGAGAAUAACCCAAGAAAAUACAUUUUAAAGAUUUCGGAUCUAACUUUGUUAGAUGAGGAUUAACAUCUCUAACAAAACAAGUGCAACCAAAUAUUUUAGGUGGGAUAGGAAAAAGCUCUCUGUUUGGAAAUAGACAAUGAUAAGGAGCUUUACCAUUCAAAACAGAAGAUGGCAUUCGAUUUAUCAAAAAACAUGCAGUAGACACGGCAUCUGCCCAAAACUGUUUAGGCACAUUCAUUUGGAAUAGAAGAGCCCUUGCAGUUUCUAAGAGAUGUCGGUUCUUUCGUUCCGCAACUCCAUUUUGAGGAGGUGUAUCAACGCAUGAAGUUUGAUGAAUAAUGCUAUGUUGAAGCAUAAAUGACUUAAAUGUAGCAGAUAGAUAUUCUUGGGCAUUGUCUCCUCUUAACACCCGAACAGGAACGUUAAACUGAGUUUUAAUUUCAGCACAAAAGGAAGAGAAAUGAGUGAACAACUCAGAUCGACGUUUCAUGAAAUACAGCCAUGUCAUACGAGAAUAGUCAUCAACAAAGGUAACAAAAUAUUUAAAACCAGCUUUAGACACAACCGGGCAAGCACCCCAAACAUCAGAGUGAACAAGGUCAAAUGGAGCAUUUGCUCGUUUAUUAACUCGCGGGCCUAAGCUAGUACGAUGGUGUUUCGCAAAUUGACAUGACUCACAUUGUAAAGAGGUCAUCUUAUUAAAUUGGGGAUUUAUUUGCUUCAUUAAUGGGAGAGAUGGAUGUCCUAAUCGGUAAUGAGCAUCUAACAAAGUCCCAACCCCAAGACAAGAGAUACCUUUGGUGAUGGAUGUAUCCAAAAUAUAUAGACCAGCUGACUCAUGUCCUUUACCAAUGAUCUGCUUCGUUAACAGAUCCUGAAACACACAAUAUCCCGGAAAAAAUGUUACAGAACAGUUAAGAGUACGAGUGAUUUUACUGAUGGAAAGCAGAUUAAAUGCAAAAUUAGGAAGACUCAAAACAGGCGAUAAUGGUAAUGUAGAAGUUGGAACAACAGUACCAGAUCCAAGAACGGGUGAGGUAGAUCCAUCAGCUAAAGUGACACUAGAAGUAGGUAAAUAUGAAUGAAAUGACGAGAAUAGACUAGGAUUACCGGUCAUAUGAUCUGUGGCACCUGAGUCAAUGACCCAUUUCGAGGAUGAGGAAACAAGACACGUGUUUGAAAUACCUGAAUUAGCGGUUACCGAGAUAGGGACAGAGGAAUGCUUUAGAGAUUCUUGGUAGCAAAUAAAUUUGGCAUACUCGUCUGAAGAAAUAGCAAUUGAUCCAUCGGAUGAACUGGUAGCGGAAGCAACAUGAGCAAGCUGAUUUCCUUGAUUUUUGAACAGCAAUUUUCUACAUUCUUUGAUCAAGUGUCCGGGCUUCUUACGGUAAUUGCAUAUUACUCCUCUGUCAAAUUUACCCGCACAAGACAUAAUUCCCUUGUUUUUUUUUCUUUUCCUUUUUUUUUGUUUUGUUUUUUUUUGUUUUUGCAGUUUAAUUGAAAAUAGAGAUAGCGGUGGAAACUUACAGCAGCCUUCUCAUUUGUGGGCUGAAAAUGUUAAUAAGCAAUCAACUGGGCCUUACUCCUACGGACUCUCCAAGCUUCGUCUUUUACUUGGGAAGAAAACACAUGUGCUAACAGAUAUCCAUUCUUCAACAAUCAGAUGCGCUAACGAGAUGCGACCGACCGACAAAUUUCCUCCAGCCCACAAAGAUAUCCGAUGUGAGAUACUAGCGACCAACAAAUUUCCUCCAGCCCACACAAAUAUCCGUCGGAUUCCCUCCCUUGAGAAAGAGCGAGAGAAGAAAACCAGAAAAGAAGUAUCACUGCGGAUGUAGUGAGUGCUUCCAAAGGCCGUGUGGCUGAUGGGCGUCGAUUUGGAGUUGCGAACUUCAAACCCUGGUCAGAGACGGCAGGAAUGGUCUUGUCAGAAAUCCGCCGGGAAGAUGGUCGGACCUGGCAGAUUCUGAAUGAUGUAGUUUGCGUGAUACUGAGAUUCUGAAUUUGCUUGAACUAAGGGUCUGAAUAGAGGUUCUGUUUAAUGGUGAUGGUGUGUAGAGAGGUUCUGUGCUGCACUGAGUUUCUAGGAGACAGAAUAGUACCUAGAGGUUCUGAACUGAACUCAGGUUCUGGGAGAAAGAACUGAGUCUGAAAACUAAAAUGAAAUCUGAAAAAUAAACUCAAAUGGAUGGCUCUGAUACCAUGUUGAAAUAGAAACUGAAAUGAUAUUAAAAUGGAGAGAAGGAUUUUCUGUGUAUUUCAUUAGAGGGUUAAGGCCCUAUAUAUAUAUAUUACAAAGAUGGAAUAUUCCUAUCUAAGAUGCUAUACAAUAAUAAUGUCUAGAGUAUAUUCCUAAAGCAUAUUCUAGAGCAUAUUCCUAAAGCAUAUUCCUAGAUACAAUAAUACUUUCACAUUUAUAAAUGAUAUUUCAGGAUUUAGCAUUUGAGAAGUUGAAUCAGUUUCUGAGAAAUUGGUCAUUUGGUCUUCCCUAGCUACUGAAAUACUGAUUCUGGGUAGCAAUUUACAAGUGCUUCUGAAAUUUCACCCAAACAGUCUCAAAUAUGCUUCCCUUGAGGGGAUAGAAACAUUUGAAAGAAACAGAUCUAAACACCCCAAUAGACAGUUCAGAAAGAUACAUUUAUUAGGGGUGUAUAUAGAAAUAAAUCAUUGUUUGAAAUUUUAGAUAUUGAAAGUGAACCAUAUCUUUGUCGGACUGAUGCAAAUGAAGUACUGGACUAUUUCGGGUGAAUGAUGGAGUAAUAGUUGCAUUUAAUAAUAUAUUGGUGAAUCUUGCUCAAGAGACUUUAGAGGAUGCAGUCAGUGGAAUCUUCAUAAACUGUAAUAUUUCCUUUAUAUAAUAAACAUAGUGGUAGUUAAGAGCACUUAUCCUUCAGAACAGAUCUACAAACUGAUUUUUCUUGAAAAUUUGGCUCGGAUAGAAUUGUGUGGCAGUCCUGCAAAAUUCUAUAGGCGCUGGUCAGGUCUUAACUGGCGCAUACUCGAAUCGUCCAUCUUGUCAGGAAACCAGGUGCCUAGUUUGCGAUGCGUAAUAAGGCAUCAAGUCCGUCUAGAGCCGAAUUGUUCUAAGGGGCACUUACAACAUUUGGUUUUCCUGAAGUGAAGUGGAUGGGGGGAGGGAAUUUUUUUCAUUCCGAUUAUUUGGGUAAGAAAGAAAAAAGGGUAGAUAUAUCUAUUAAACUUCCCCAUCCCUCCCUCCCUUUUGGAAUCGGACGGUUUCAUAACUUCUUCUCAUGGACUAGAUUACCUUCUUAAGUGAAACUAUUAUUCUUUUUCCAUUACGUUGCAUCACAUAUUGAUCUUCCCGCUUUGCGAAGGAGCACAACCUUCUCCCUUGAUAUCUUAUUGGUUUGAAAAUAAAUAUGCAUUAAACGUUUUCUAAUUGGACAUUUCAGAAAAGUAUUAUACAAUUAAAUAUACUAUAAAGUAUAUGUUGUAGUAAUCCUUAUUAUUGAUUGAUUACAGUUAUUUAUCUACUAUCAGAUUAAAAAGGGUAAGAUAGUCUAUUUAUAAGUAGUUUCUUUCCUAACUUCUUAUGUACAAAAAACUUGCUUAAAAUGCUUUCUACUGUAUCCAAAUGAGGUAAUAUUAUAAUACUUCUCAUCCCCACCACUUCAUUAAAAUCCCUUCCUUCUCAUCCCUCUUUUGAACCAAGCACAUGACUAGUGCAUAGAAGCUGUUCAUGCCAAUUUUGAGAACCAUGUUGCAUGAGGUUAAUUCCACCUUUUGACCCUCAACUAUUUGCAUCUUUACCAUUUGUUGUCUUCAAGUUAAAAGCAACUAGUUUUGUUUAAAAAUUCAAAUUGUGCUAUUGUGCCAAAUUUGAUACUCUGAAAGAUCAAAGUUGGCACACUUGGAAUCAAAACCGCAAUUAACUGUUAUUGCAUGUGCUUACAUUCUUCACUUCUCACAAGCCAUAUCAGUGUAGUAUGUAUUUAGUUGUCCUUUCUUGGGGAGGGUCAGGUGUUUGGAACGGACAAACGGUACUGGUUUAUACCAAGGUACUCAGAAGAAGAUUUAGGAGCAAUGCCUGCUCUCCGUGGCCUUGAAUAUCCAUCAAAGCCAGAUAUUGAUAGUCAGGAAUUCUAGGAAGUAUUGUCAAAUGCCUUCCCCUUCCCUUGGGACGGAUUGUAUUAUACAAGAUUUGUGGAUGGAUCCCAUUGACGAAGCAGCGGUGUGUUAUUGGGCUUUGGGAACUGGACUUUUCAGGACUUGGAGAGGCCUUAUGAUGUUGAGGUUGAGGUUACAAGUGAAUUGUAUUCUAUUCAUCCCGUUGCGUUGGUGUACAUCACAUGUAACUUAUAGUGUCAAUUAGUUGUAGCUUAUAAAUUAUAAUCAGUUAACACCAUAUUUUCAUGCACGUGUGGUUAAAACUGUGGGCAGUCCAGGUUUGUAAGUCAAGGGAUGUCAAUGUUUAAUGCUUCAGCAAUUUUGCCAUUUGUGCCCCCACAUGCAAGUACGUAGUUCUGUUUUAAUAAUGUGUUAAUAAGGAUCUUGUGAAGUUGUGCUUUGUUUAUAGAUUCAAUUACAUAAAUAUCUGGCAAUUAG